AAAGAGAUUAAGUAGAGUAAGAGCUAAAAGCAAUAUUGCGGAUUUGAUUUAGAAAAGAGUGAUACACUUGAAAAUAAAGGUAGAAAGAGUGAUUUUGGGAUAAAAAGAGAAAUUUGAGUGAACUUGACUGAGCAAAUUAAUAGUUAUUCAUAAAUUUGACUAGGGAUAUAAAGUUUGAUAGAGGAAAAAAAUAUCUUGCUUGAAUAUAGUUUAGUUAUAUAUGAAAAUAUAAAGAGUUCCUUACAGAUAAGAUACUGAAAGGUACUAAAAUUUUUGAGAGGUUUAAAGUGGAGAGAGUGAUAUUGCACAAGUGCAACCAGUCAUAAACCUGAGUAGGUUGAAAGAGAUAAAAUAAAACAGUAUCUUGGAUUUGAUUUAGAAAAGAGUGAUACACUUGAAAGUAAAGUUAGAAAGAGUGUUAUUGAGAUAAAAAGAGAGAAAUUUGAGUGAAGCAAUUAGCAUUUAUAAAUUUGACUUGGGAUAUAAAUCUGAUCAAGGGAAAAACCUUGCUUGAUUACAAUUUGAAUUGUAUACGCAAAUAUAAAGAGUAGCUGAUAGGCAGUGAUUACUUUUACCCUCCCCCCAAAGAAAAACUUCAAUUGCAAAGAAGCAAAUAUAAAUUUGGUCCAAAUUUUGCAAAUACAAGUGAGCUUUAUUGACAUAAUACAUUUAAAGGUACUUUUGUGCGGGUAGUGAAUUUUAAAGGAAACGUUAAGACCUUGAAAGACAAUUCAUUGUGUGCGUACUUCUCAAAUUUUUAAUUUUUUAUCUGUUGGAAUAAAGAAAUUGAAAAUGGCUGCCACUCAAUUCGGCUCAAUUAUUCAUGAGAUUCUAAACAUGCUUUCCAGUUACACAUCAAUGAUCAAUUCAGAUAUUGGUAAAUGUUGUCAUUGCAUGAAUGACAUCAAUGAAAGUGACACUUAUGUAACAUGUGAAUCUUGCAACAACCAUUUUCAUGUGACUUGUGAGGGAUACUUGAACAAUGACAAACUUGCUGACCAGAAAUUGGUUUGGAUUUGCCCAUGCUGUGGCCAUAGCAACAUUGGUAAUCGAAUAUUUGACAGAGUAUGUAUUCCAUCUCAUAACAGAUAUGAGCCUCUCAUGUCGGCAGAUGUUGAUGAUGACAAUGACAAUGAGAACAUGGAAAUCUUCAAAGAGACAAGACGAAAAAGGAGAGCAAAGAAGAGCAGGUUUGACUAAGCACUUGAACCCGAAGACGUGUAUUGUUGUGGAAAAGAUGCAGGAUUUGAGACGAUACAGAGUUCAUGCAGGUGGUAGAAGAGGAAGAGGUCAAAGAAGGAACAUGAAAG